GUGCAGCCCGCUGCAGCCGGGCGGCCGCUCGGUGAUGUCGCGCAGCUUGUCAUAUAUUCGAUUAAUUCUUUCUAAACAUUUCAUUGUCAAGUUAUCCAUCAAAGUGAUAGUGUCAAUAGUGAAGUGAACGACAUCCAUAUUCCCUUGAAAAUAAAUUUUUAACAGUGAUUAUAGAAUGAUCCCUAGAAGAAAACACAAUGCCUCGUCGGGCUCCAUCCCGCCGCCCGACGAUAAGCAUGCCAGCAACGACUACAUACUGUCAGACGGCGGAAACAAAGAAGGUUGGCGAUCAGCGUUACGUCGCCGAUUCAACCGUAAGACGCUUCACAAACGGUUGCCCAUCACAGCAUGGAUGCCACAAUACAACACGGAAAAAGCGAUAGGCGACCUGAUCGCCGGCAUCACGGUGGGGCUGACGGUGAUCCCGCAGUCGCUGGCGUACUCCAACAUCGCGGGGCUGCCGCCGCAGCAGGGGCUGUACGGCUCGUUCCUGGGCUGCUUCAUCUACAUCGUGCUGGGCGGCUGCCGCGCCGUGCCCGCCGGCCCCACGGCCAUCGCGUCGCUGCUGACGUGGCAGGUGGCGGGCGGCUCGCUGGAGAAGGCCGUGCUGCUCACGUUCCUGGCCGGGCUGGUGGAGCUGCUCAUGGGCGUGCUGGGGCUCGGCUUCCUCAUCAACUUCGUGUCGGGGCCCGUGUCGUCCGGCUUCACGUCGGCCGUCGCGCUCAUGAUCGCCACCAGCCAGGUCAAGGACCUGUUCGCCAUCUCCGUCAGCGGCAGCACGUUCCUGCAGCAGUGGAUCUCCAUCUUCCGGAACGUCCACGCCGCCUCCGUGUGGGACCCCGUGCUCGGGUUCGCCUGCAUCGCUCUGCUGCUGAUCAUGCGGAAAAUAGGAAUGAUCAAGCUGGGAGCGAAGUCCGAGGACGGCCCCAGCACGCGGCAGAAGGUGUUCACGAAGUGCCUGUGGCUGCUGGGCACGUGCCGCAACGCCAUCGUGGUGGUGGCCAGCGGCGCGCUCGGCUUCUGGUUCGUGGCCUCCUACGGCGAGGCCCCCGUGCGCCUCAUGGGCGCCAUCCCGUCGGGCGUGCCGGCGCCGCGCGCGCCGCCCUUCAGCUACGUGCGCGCCGACAACAGCACGGCGGACUUCCUGGACAUGGUGUCGGAGCUGGGCUCGGGCAUCCUGGUGAUCCCGCUCAUCGUGCUGCUGGAGGACAUCGCCAUCUGCAAGGCGUUCUCGGACGGGCGCACCAUCGACGCCACGCAGGAGAUGAUCGCGCUGGGCGUGGCCGGCAUCGCCAACUCCUUCGUGCAGGCCUACCCGGGCGGCGGCUCGCUGGCGCGCUCCGUCGUGGCCAACGGCUCCGGCGUCAAGACCACCUUCAACGGGCUCUACACCGGGUUGAUGGUGAUCCUGGCGCUGCAGUUCUUCACGCAGUACUUCGAGUACAUCCCCAAGGCGGCGCUGGCCGCGGUCAUCAUCUCCGCCAUCAUCUUCAUGGUCGAGUACAACGUCAUCAAGCCCAUGUGGCGCGCCAAGAAACUGGACCUGAUCCCGGGCGUCGGCACGUUCGUGCUGUGCCUGACGCUGCCGCUGGAGCUGGGCAUCCUGACGGGCGUCGUGGUCAACAUCAUCUUCAUCCUCUACCACGCGGCGCGCCCCAAGUUCUCCGUGGAGAUGCUCAAGACGGAGGCGGGCGUGGAGUACCUGAUGAUCACGCCGGACCGCUGCCUCAUGUUCCCGUCCGUGGACUACGUGCGGCGCCUCGUGACCAAGCGCGCCGGCGCCGCCGCCGUGCCCGUGGUGCUCGAGUGCACGCACAUCUACAGCGCCGACUACACGGCGGCGCAGAGCAUCCAGCAGCUCACCGCCGACUUCCACGCGCGCCGCCAGCCGCUGCUGUUCUACAACGUCAAGCCCUCCGUGUGCUCCAUCUUCGAGGCCGUGGCCAAGCCCGAGCACUUCACCGUGUUCUACGAGGACGCCGAGCUCGACCGCCUGCUGGCCGCCGACCGCCUGCCGCCCAAGCCCGCGGCCGAGCCGUAGCGCGGCCCGGCCGGGCCCGCGGCCGAGCCGUAGCCCGGCCCGCCUGGGCCCGCCGCCGAGCCUCGCCUCUCCGGCGCUCUAUUUUUGUAAAUGUA